GAAAAAAAUAUUUUCCUGAAGAGGCCUGCCUAUAAAUACGAAGCACUCCUCAGUGCAACGGCCUCACUCCCAUUCUACUCAUCAUUCUCUUCUUUCAAAUACAAAUGUUGUAGUUGUUAGUUUUUUUUUUGCAAUUAGCUGUGUCAAAAAUAUCGGAGUACGUGAGGUUGAAGUUAUGGAAAAUAUUGCAAAUUUGCGAGUAUAUUAUAACGGUAAAGUUAUACCAAACACACAUGAAGGAGUGACUUUUGUUUGUGAAUGUCCGUUGUCAUUUGCUAUUCCAUGUACCAUGAGCUUUGUCGAGUUGCAAAAUGGGAUUUGUAAUAACAUUCAAAGCCACAUUUUAAAAAGGGUGAGCAACCUUUUAUACAGAAGUCCUGACGAUGCCAGUAUGCAGCAGAUGUUCUGUAUUUAUCAACAAACCCGAUUUCAUGUGCCGAUGAUAGAGUUGUACGUUGAGUUUGAGCAGCAGUCAGGGUCGGGUGCGGUCGGCGAGGAGGUCAAUAUUGAUGAGCUCGGUGAUAUAGAUUGGGAAGAAGAAAAUAAUGACAGUGAAGAGGAGUUCGAAGCUAACUAUGAAGUCGAUGACGAAAACGAUGACGGAGACUUGGCAGGCAAUCCGGAGGUGCAAAAUGAAGCAAAUGCGAUUAUAAGCCAGCACCCGUUUGGUGUUUCGUCUUUUAUACGGACUCUAGAUCUGGAAGCCAUGCAUGACCCAGAAUUUCCUGAUUAUGCGAAUACGGGUGAAGGCAACGCUGCGGUGGAAGAUGGCGAGUUUAGUGUUGGAAUGGAAUUUGGAUCGAGAGAGUCGGUGAUAUCUGCAAUCAAAAGCUACACUAUCUCUAGAGGGGCUGAUUACACUGUGUAUGAGUCUGAGCCGCAGACAUUCUAUGCGAAAUGCAAGGGGUAUGGUGCAGGAUGUGAUUGGCUAAUCCGGGCUAGCUUGAUUCGAAAGAAAGCUUGUUGAGAGAUCAGGAGAUACAAUGGCAAGCAUACGUGCACCAUGGGAACGAUAUCACAAGAUCAUGCCAAGUUGGACUCUGACACAAUUGCAGAUGUCAUUAGGCCGUUGGUCGAAUCAGACCCCUCGAUAAAGGUGAAGUCUGUAAUUGCAGAAGUUCAAUCCAGGUUCAACUACACUGUCAAUUAUCGCAAGGCUUGGUUGGCAAAGCAGAAAGCUGUUGCCAAGGUUUUCGGUGAUUGGGAAGUUUCUUACCAGACUCUACCAGUAUGGUUGAAAGCAAUGACGGUUAAAAUGCCAAGGUCUCGUGUUCAAAUCAAAACGCUCCCUGUUUACCGUGAGACUGAGGAGGUUCAAGGUGUAAGAGUUCUGCAUCGCGUUUUUUGGAGCUUCUAUCCGUGUAUUGUAGCAUUUAGACA